GAGCAAUAAGGACUAGCAUCUGUAUGAUUGGUCUGUCAUCAUUUUUCCUCUUGUUCGGUCCCUUUUACCCUCUAAAUCUGUAAUUGUCUCAAUCUCCUCUUGGCUUUAAAUCAGCAGUCUCCUUAGACAGACCUCACCGAUCCGCCAUUUCUCACUAUCUAUUUUCAAGGCUAGUCUAUCAGCGCAAGUUAUUACAAAUACAAAUCUGAAAAGAUAUAUUGUCUUGGAAUCUGAUUCACUGCCUUGGGGAUUUGGGAUUGGUGAUAAAGCUAGAUCCAAAGGGCAUAGCUAUGUCUUUCAUUGGUACCCAACAGAAGUGCAAGGCUUGCGAGAAAACGGUCUAUCCCGUGGAUCAGCUAUCCGCUGAUGGCGUUGCUUACCAUAAAGCUUGCUUCAGAUGCUCUCAUUGCAAAGGAACAUUAAAGCUAAGCAACUAUUCCUCGAUGGAAGGUGUUCUCUACUGUAAGCCUCAUUAUGAGCAGCUCUUCAAGGAGGCAGGAAAUUUCAACAAGAACUUCCAGUCACCUGCAAAGCUAGCUGAGAAAACAACUCCUGAGCUGACAAGGUCCCCUAGUAGAGCUGCCAGCAUGUUCUCUGGGACACAAGAGAAAUGUGCUACAUGCGGCAAAACUGCUUAUCCGUUGGAGAAGGUAACAGUCGAGGGCCAAGCCUAUCACAAAUCAUGUUUCAAGUGUUCACAUGGUGGCUGUCCCAUAUCUCCAUCAAAUUAUGCAGCUCUUGAGGGCAUUUUGUAUUGCAAGCACCAUUUCUCUCAGCUUUUUAAGGAGAAAGGAAGCUAUAGCCAUCUCAUCAAGUCUGCAUCAAUGAAACGAGCAGCAACCCCUGUUCCAGAAUCCUAAAUCUUGCUGCUGCCUCAUGUGUCAUUGUUUGUCUGUCCUGUCCGACAAGUGUUUGUAUGUGUUUUUUGUUCUGCUUAGUCUGCCUUUUCCAUCUUCCUAUGUGUGGUGUGCAAAUCAUUAUCAAUUGUGCAUUCAGUUAAAUAGUGUGGCUUGCAACAUGUGUCUUUCCGAGGGAUGGCAUAGCCUCUCAUCCAUUUUGUACCUGUCCUGAACUGAGUGAAGGGAUCUUUAUUGGUUCCUUUUUUAA